AUGGGGUCUAAGAAAGCGUCGCCCCCGCCGCCUGCCUCCGCCGGCGCCGCGUCCGCCUCCGCGUCGACGUCCGCCGCGGGGGCCUCGGCGGGGAAUGCGCCGGCGGCCGUGGGGCCGGUCCCGAAGCCGCCGGAGCUGGCGCCGUUCCUCACCAAGGUCUACGACAUGGUCUCCGACCCGGCCACCGACAGCGUCAUCUCCUGGACCAAGGCCGGCAGCAGCUUCGUCGUCUGGGACGCGCACGCCUUCGAGCGCGACCACCUCGGGCGACACUUCAAGCACGGCAACUUCAGCAGCUUCAUCCGACAGCUAAACACAUAUGGAUUUCGUAAAGUUGACCCUGAUAGAUGGGAGUGGGCCAAUGAAGGCUUUCUUAGGGGCCAAAAGCAUCUUCUGAAAACCAUCAAGAGAAAGAAGAGACAUAAUGAAGCUGGUGGUGAGUUGGAGAAGAAGGCACCUGCCAGAACUGCACCUGCACCUGGUACUGAAAAUAUUGAAAUCGGAAAAUACGGCGGCCUGGUAAAGGAGGUUGAAACCCUUAAGAGGGAUAAAGCUCUUCUCAUGCAGCAGCUUGUAGAUCUCAGGCACUACCAGCAAGGCUCAAACCUUGAAGUACAGAAUUUGAUUCAACGCCUUCAAGUAAUGGAACAGAAUCAGCAGCAGAUGAUGGCACUUCUAGCAAUUGUUGUCCAGAACCCUAGUUUUCUCAACCAGCUUGUGCUGCAGCAGCAGCAGCAACAGCAACAGCAGCGCAGGAACAACUGGUGGAAUGCUGAUGGAAGCAAGAAAAGGAGGUUCCCUGCUCUAGUGCAGGGUCCACUAACUGAUCAGGGGACUUCUGGUGGAGGGGCUGAAAUUAUUCAGUAUCGGCCUCAUGUCCCUGGAACUUCUAGCCAAGUAAUAGCAGAUGAAACAUUUUGUUCCGACACCGCACAGCCAAUCUCAAGUCCUGCACUUGACAUGCCCAUGGAGAUGGACACUCAAACGACCUCAGACAACCUCAACACACUUGAUUCAUCUUGGGACUUCCUUCCUGACACGUCUGCUCUACCGGACUUGGACAUGGAUCUUUGUUUUGACGAGAACGGGCAACUUAUACUUGAACCACCAUUGGAGGACACUAUUCAAGGUUUAAGUGUUCAAGAUUAUGAUUUUCCAGAGUCAGAGCAGGACACUCAGAUGGAAGCACUGCAAAACUACAGAAAUCCUCAACAUGAUUCCAGGUGAUCAAAGCACCACAGAGGAAUGGUCAAUUGGUGAUGUUGAGUUGAACCAGGUGGGUGCCAUUGCACCCUGAAAACUGUGGUCAUGCUCAGAGUCAGUGUAGUUUAGCAAUACUCAAAAGACUUAACUCUUAUUGACCAUACAUGAUUCUUUUGUUGUUACUUCGGGCAUAGGAUUGGGAUUUUGUGCUCCCCUACUCUCCUUGUCAUUACAUAGAAUACCUGCCAGCAUGGAAUUCACUUGGCGUAUAUACUGCUGUGUUUGUUUUGUAAAUGUCAAGCUGUUCUGAACAUCA